ACCAGCAAUCAACAUUCAAGCCAUGGCACUGUUCAAGUGCAUGUGCAUCUUCUUAGUCUCGCUUCUACUCGCCCUCACCUUCACCAAUGCCCAGGAAGAAUCUUCACAUCGGACUCUCCCACCGUUCCCCUGCAUCCCAGGCCAGCCACGGCCCCCGCGGUUGCCACCUUGCCCGCCGGCACCAACCGAGUGCUACACGUCGCUGUCGGGAAUGAUGCCGUGCGCGGACUUCCUCACCCACAACGAGGUGCCACCGAUGCCACCCACGGUCGCCUGUUGUGAUGGUCUCAGGUCACUCGUCACCAACGCGUCCAUCUGUCUAUGCCAUAUCGUCAACGGUAACAUCAACAAGCUCCUACCGGCGCCCAUGAUACCCGUGCGCAUGGUGGCGCUCCCCCGCUUUUGUGUUGUCCGCUUCCCACGAGCCAUACUUCGCCGGUGUAUCAGAGGGCAUUUGCCACCGAUGAACCCUCCGCCUCCACCAGAGGCAUCACCGUCGGAACCACCAUCUACUUCGCCAGCAGCAUCACCGCCGGAAUCACCACCAACUCCACCAACAUCAUCACCACCAACUGCAUCGCCACCAGAGUCACCGCCAACUCCACCACCAACUGCAUCGCCACCAGAAUCGCCGUCGACACCACCACCAGAGUCCGUCGACUACACCGUCGACACCAGCAGCAGCACCACCGAAAUCACCGUCUGAUCGACCACCAGCUACGCCACCAGAAUCAUCAUCUGAUCCACCGUCGACACCAGCAGCUACACCAACGGCGACUCGAUCCCCAUCAUCUUAAUCACGAAAGAUAUUUCAAAAGCAGUAGUAGUUUAGUCAAAUUAGAUAUGCGUUUUAGGAUUCUAGUUGAUAUGCGUCCAUUAUUUUGUUCACAUCGAAUGCAGUAGUGUGUUAGCUAUGUAGUUGCAUACCUAUCAUAACUAAGUCUAUUAGAAGUAUCUCUAAUAAUAUUUAGGAUCUGUCAUCAAUAAAAUGUAUGCAACAAAACGACUAUUGUAUUAUUUUGUCUA